AUGAUCUAUGUGGCACGGAAUGCCAAAGACGUGGCUGUAUCUUACUAUUAUUUCCACCAGAUGGCAAAAAUGCAUCCAGAGCCUGGCACCUGGGAGGAGUUCCUGGAUAAAUUUGUGGCUGGAAAAGUAAGUUUUGGUUCCUGGUAUGACCAUGUGAAAGGUUGGUGGGAGAAAAGAAAUGAUUAUCACAUCCUUUACCUAUUUUAUGAAGACAUGAAAGAGGAUCUUAAGGGUGAAAUUCAAAAGUUACUGAAGUUUCUAGAGAAAGACCUCUCAGAAGAAACUGUGAACAAAAUCCUUUAUCACAGCUCUUUUAAUGUAAUGAAACAAAAUCCAAAUGCAAAUUAUACCACCUUGACGAAAGAAGAGAUGGACCACUCAGUGUCUCCUUUCAUGAGAAAGG